GUCCGUGCAGCUGAGCUGUCGGCGCUGUGAGGAGCAAAGCCAGGAUUGAAUUCUUGCAGAGUCGUGAAGCUUUCAGACUGGAAAACGCUUUCCUCCUUCAUUGAUAAUUCUCCACCAUGAUUCAUAGCCUUUUCUUGAUCAACUCUUCUGGGGAUAUUUUCCUGGAGAAACACUGGAAAAGUGUGGUCAGCCGUUCUGUUUGUGAUUAUUUUUUUGAGGCUCAAGAGAGAGCUACGGAGGCCGAAAAUGUACCUCCGGUUAUCCCUACCCCUCACCAUUAUCUUUUAAGUGUAUACCGCCACAAGAUCUUCUUUGUGGCUGUGAUCCAGACAGAGGUCCCACCUCUAUUUGUCAUUGAGUUUCUUCAUCGAGUUGUGGACACAUUUCAGGAUUAUUUUGGAGUCUGCUCAGAACCAGUAAUCAAAGAUAAUGUUGUUGUGGUGUAUGAGGUGUUAGAAGAGAUGCUUGACAAUGGAUUUCCAUUGGCCACCGAGUCGAACAUCCUCAAAGAACUGAUCAAGCCUCCCACUAUCCUUCGGACAGUUGUCAACACCAUAACAGGUAGCACCAAUGUGGGUGACCAACUUCCAACUGGGCAGCUGUCAGUGGUGCCUUGGCGACGGACUGGGGUGAAAUAUACCAACAAUGAGGCCUAUUUUGAUGUGAUUGAAGAAAUUGACGCCAUCAUUGAUAAAUCAGGUUCCACAAUUACUGCUGAGAUCCAGGGGGUGAUUGAUGCAUGUGUCAAGCUGACUGGAAUGCCAGACCUUACACUUUCCUUCAUGAACCCCAGGUUGUUGGAUGACGUCAGCUUCCAUCCCUGUGUUCGUUUCAAGCGCUGGGAAUCUGAGCGUAUCCUCUCUUUCAUCCCUCCUGAUGGAAACUUUCGCCUGCUCUCUUAUCAUGUCAGUGCGCAGAAUCUGGUUGCAAUUCCAGUAUAUGUCAAACAUAGCAUCAAUUUCCGGGACAGUAGUUCACUUGGACGCUUUGAAAUAACAGUGGGACCCAAACAGACCAUGGGGAAGGCCAUAGAAGGAGUGAUUGUCACCAGCCAGAUGCCCAAAGGGGUCCUGAAUAUGAGCCUCACUCCAUCUCAGGGGAUGCACACAUUUGACCCAGUUACAAAGAUGCUGUCUUGGGAUGUAGGAAAAAUAAAUCCCCAAAAGCUACCAAGUUUAAAGGGGACCAUGAGUCUUCAGGCUGGAGCUUCCAAACCGGAUGAGAAUCCCACAAUUAACCUGCAAUUUAAGAUCCAGCAGCUGGCCAUUUCUGGACUCAAGGUGAAUCGUCUGGAUAUGUAUGGAGAAAAGUACAAACCCUUUAAGGGCAUAAAAUACAUGACCAAAGCUGGAAAAUUCCAAGUUCGAACCUGA